AUGAACAGUACGACUAAGCCUGUUCUGUGGUACGACGAUUCUGACUUCAAGACGCUUCGCAAGCCGCGCAGCCACAUCAAUAUGAUUUACUGGAGCCAGCAGGCUGAUUGCCCUGUUACGCCUGGCGUCUGUUCCCAAUGUCCUCGUGCAUGGCAAGCUGACUAUGACAACACGCGGAAUGUCACGAUUUUCUUUCGAGAGCCAUGGCAGCUCGACGCGAUCCACAUCAUUCAGCUUCAGAAUCCCGGCGUCCUGACCGUGGAGCUGCUCCCCUGGCCCGCAGUCCCCAUUCCAAGCCUUCCCGGGCUCAAGCUGAUCAAGGGUACCAAGGGCAACCCAAUAUGGAAUGUGACAACCGACACGUCCUCCUGUGGCUCUACGUUAACCAUUCCCUUCGGCACGCGCGCCGGGACGUCCACCAAGGUAGCAGCCACGGGCAGCCAAAGCGAC